UUUUGUUUCGCACGGGAGGCUUGCAUGGAUACGUGUAAAAACUUCGUAAGGUCGUGGGAAAAGGGGAAACGCGGCGUGCGCUCAGAGCAAUCUGCGCCCACCCAUCCCGAGAGAGCAAUGGUGUCUGAGUUCUUAUUGGGAAGGUAGCCCGUGUUUCUAACACGCACCCUUGCGAGGGCCUGAUCCAUCUGCAAACAGCAUCCCUGCGGGGACCCUACGAGUCGGUGAAGAAGACCCACCCUAGACGACAACGACGCAACAGUGCAAUAUUUUAAGUCCUUGAUAGAAGCUGAUACAGAAGGACUUACCAGAAUUUUCUUCAAACAUGGAUUUGUAUGCUGGAAAUAUUUUCUCUUUCUACUGGAGGUUGAAGUAUUUUGUGAAUGAAGAGGACUGAAUGGCCAUGGCAGUUUUGCCCAAACCUCUUGUGAUUAGUAAAACCUGUGGCGAUCCAUCAGUGCAUUUUGGAGCUAGAUUAAAGACCAGAGAAAGGAUGGAGGGACAAAGCCCAACAGAUGCAGAAAUUAGAAAAGGCCCACCAGCUGCUCAGCCUUGGAGCUUCGGGAAGAAUUGGGCAAGUCUUGGGCAGAAGAGCCAAGAUGAGGAAACCAACAACUCAGAGGUCAAAUGUUUUCACUUCAGAAAAGUGCAGUUUCAGGAGGGAAGGAGUCCCCAAAAUCUUUGCAGUCAGUUUUACUACCUUUGCCGUCAGUGGCUGCAGCCGGAAAGACACACUAAGGCUGAGAUGCUGGACCUGGUGAUCCUGGAGCAGUUCCUGGCUGUCCUUCCCCCAGAGAUGGAGAAAUGGGUGCGGGAGUGUGGAGCGGAGACCAGUUCCCAGGCAGUGGCCCUGGCUGAAGGCUUCCUCCUGGGCCAGGAGUCGGAAAAGAUGCAAGAAGAGCUACAGAAGUCCUUGGAAGAUGUGACUGAACAUCCCAAGGAAGGGAAAGAUUCAUCCAAAUUCUCUCAAGAAUUGCAGUUCAGGGAGAGCUUGCAGAACGAUCAAAGUCAGGACACCAGGCCAGAGAAUCAAAAGCUGGCCUUGGUUUUUUCAGAGUCACCACCUGUUCAUGGUAAAACUGAAAAAGUGGCUGAGUUUCUGUCUCAGGGUGUUGUGUCUUUUGAGGAAGUGGCCGUGUAUUUCUCCAAGGAGGAGUGGUCUCAACUGGAUGCUGACCAAAAAGAGCUCUACAGAGAAGUCAUGCUAGAGAAUUCCAGGAAUCUGGCUUCUCUGGGCUAUAAUCGUCAAGACAAUAAGAAUUACAAAGAAGGCGGCCAAGCAAUCCAUCCAAAAGAGGGAAAAGGGAAGUUUGCAGAUCAAAUGCAACCAAAGACCGAUGAGGCAAGCCAAUCCCAAAGUGGAACUAUACUGGGCUUUCCUCAGGUCAGUUGGCGUAAUAACCAAACAAUCAUCGAUACGAGAGAAACACCAUAUAAAUGCAUGGAGUGUGGAAAGGCCUUUACUCGUAACAAUCAACUUAAUUCCCACAAGAGGAUGCACAGAAAAGAGAAGCCAUAUAAAUGUGUGGAAUGUGGAAAGGGCUUUAGGAGGAAUUGUGAUCUCACUUUCCAUAAAAGAACCCACACAGGGGAGAAACUAUAUGAAUGCAUGGUGUGUGGAAAGAACUUUGCAAAGAGUUAUACUCUUAUUUGCCAUAGAAGGAUCCACACACAGGAGAAGCCCUAUCAAUGCAUGGAGUGUGGAAAGACCUUUACUAAUAGCAGUCAUCUGAAUUCCCACAAAAGGAUCCACACAGGAGAGAAGCCAUAUCAAUGCAUGGAGUGCGGAAAGACGUUUAGAUGUAGCAGUAAUCUGAAUACCCACAAGAGGAUCCACACAGGAGAGAAGCCAUAUCAGUGCAUGAUGUGUGGAAAGACUUUUAUUUCGAGUGGUUGUCUCAAUUCCCAUAAGAGGAUUCACACAGGAGAGAAACCAUAUCAAUGCAUGGAGUGUGGAAAGACCUUUACUAGUAGCAGUCAUCUGAAUUCCCACAAAAGGAUCCACACAGGAGAGAAGCCAUAUCAAUGCAUGGAGUGCGGAAAGACGUUUAGAUGUAGCAGUAAUCUGAAUGCCCACAAGAGGAUCCACACAGGAGAGAAGCCAUAUCAGUGCAUGAUGUGUGGAAAGACUUUUCUUUCAAGUGGUUGUCUCAAUUCCCAUAAGAGGAUUCACACAGGAGAGAAGCCAUAUCAAUACAUGGAGUGUGGAAAGACCUGUUAUUAUCACUCCUUUAUAAACCAUCAAAGGAAUCACAAAUGAAAAGGAUCUUAUAAAGACUUUAAUUGUAGCAGCAAUCUUACUUUCACAAGAGGAUCCAUACAGGAGAGAAACCAUAUCAAUACCCAGAGUAUGGAAAGACCUAGCAGUUAUCUUAAUUCCCAUAAGAGGACAGAUACAGGAGAGAAGCCAUUUCAAGGUGUGGAAUUUGGCAAGGGUUUUAAGAAGAAUUAGAAGAAUAAAAGGAUCCACAUAUGGUAGAAGCCAUAUCUCUACAGGAAGUGAAAAAGUCCUAUAAAAGCACAUGCCAAGGUUUUUCUCCAGUGAAAUUUUAUUUUCCUGUUGCAGACAAAAGCUAAAAUGGAUUUUUUUUGGUACAUGUACCUGUAGCAUCAACAGCAUCAUUAAUUAAGUACAGUUGGUAUGAUUUCUUUCUAGUUAUAUAGUUAAUGAAUUCUGGGCUGAUUAUCAAUUUCAAACAUUGGGUUAUUUUGGGAGGGGCCCUACAUGAGGGUUUUGCAAUCUCAUGGCAAUUUGAAAUCGUGUACCCAAAAGACAAUAUUGUGUCAGUCCUCCAAAGUAAUCCAGAUAUGAAACAUGGCUGGGUAGGCUAAUGUAUUGAUAGAACGGUGUGAGUCUGAAAGUACACAUCUGGAAUCACACGUAAAGUUGCCUUGAACUGCAAGAUGGGUGCAUAUUAAUUAAAUAAUAAAUUACAGCCCGAUAGAUCAAGUUAGUUUCUCUCUUUGCCUGUUAUGAAGCUGCAAGCUUUUUUUUUUUACCUUUUAUCCCAUAAUUCCUUUGGCAUCAUUUAUUUUUUGUCCCUCAAGGUGAUCCCCACAAACCAUUACAAGUUUCUAGUGUUGUGGAAAUAUCUUUGCCUUUAAAUCUGUUUCUAGCUAUCCAGAAGCCACGAACUAUCAAGAGAAAAAUGACUAUCUAGUCAAGCAUUGAAGAAGAACCUAAAUGAGUCAUAAACAGAUUUAAUAGGAUUACGUGACAUGUACGAUACAUAUGAAAGAGCAUUACAAGGACAAUGAAAAUAGCCAUAAAAGGACAAUGCCCAUCCAGUUCAAAUUGUCAAAGGCAUUCUCUGCAUUUAAAAAUAUCAUUCCUGCUUGUUUUUCAUUAUAUUAUUUUAAAUAUUCCAAAAUAUCAAACAUGAUUCUCACAUUAUUUUUCAACUAUCUUUUAGGUUUAACAAAACCAUAAUUUUAUUAGAGUUUAUCUAAUACCUCUUGCUAUUGCCUCAAUGUUCCUGUUCUGUAAUUGGCCCAGGUAUGAACGGAGCCCUUUCUCUGACUGUUCUGCUUUUUCCAUCCCUGCUUGUCUGAGGAAGGUUUCAGUGAAAGGUCUGGAUUUCUCCAUCCAGUGUUGGCUGCUGCUUGCAAAGUCUUGCAGUUUGUGAGCACCGAAUUCCUUCCUUUAGCAGUUAGCAUUUAUUUUCAUACAUAGCACUUGAUGAGUCCCUGGAGUCCGAGCCAUUCCCACCACUGCCACCAAUUUGUUACAGGUUCUUUUUAAACGAUACCCAAUUUGAUUGACUUGAGUUCAAGGGAUCCAUCAAAAGCACUGGAUUCUAAACAAUUUAAUUUUUCUGUCUCCCGAUAAGGAUUGAGGAGAUAUUUUAUUUUGAAAAAUAUAUUCAAGAUACAAAAGUUAUUUCUGUUUUUGUUGUCUCAUGGUAGAUCUAUACAAUCAUCAUCUUCAUUUAAUGACUGCAUAAUCCCUUGCGGAGUGGAGUCUGGGCAACUGAAUGGAGUGUUUUAAUGGCCAGAUGCCCUUCCUGUCACCAAUGUGGAGUUUUGUGACGCAUUCGACCAGCAGGCUGCCAAAUACAGUCUCAGUGUGCCCAGAAAGAGAAAUAUCUGCCUUUUCCCAGGAUUGAACUCACAGCCUCCUGAUUGUGAGGCGAGAGCGCCACCUCUAGGCCACUGCACCACUCCAGUAGAUCUAUACAAUGUUCUCUAUAAUAUACUAUGAUACCAGGGGUGUCAAACUGGCAGCCUGCGGGUCGGAUGCGUCACGCACAGUCCAUACCCACCCCAGCUCCACGAAUGGGGAAAAAGUCACAAAAUGUCAUGUGACAGCAAUGUGAUGUGGCAAAUUUGACAUCUGUGACGGGGUGAAAUGCUACCGGUUUGCACCGGUUCAAGAGAACCGGUAGUAAUAAAAACUACUGGUUCGGGCAAACCGGUAGUUAAAAAAAAUGCUAUUUCCAAUGAUCAGCUGUACCAUGCGAUUUAUAUUAUAUUCUAAAUCAUGCAGCGCAGCUGUUCCUCCCCUCGCUGUUCUACUUACUUUCUUAAACCUCCUUUUUCCAUGUGCAGCGUGUGUUUGGUGCGCACUGCGCAGUGUGCGUUUGGCGCGGACAGCAAAUUGGUGGCAAUCCACGGAGGAUUUCACCACUGACCUGUGGUAUAUACUAUUACAAUCUAUGCUAUACUAUUUCUUCUGUAAGUAUAUUAACUUGCUAAUAUACUAGUAGUAGUAUACAACCAGGCUUUUACAAACCUUGGUCCGUCUUCAAAGCCUCUCUAGGAUUUCCUCUGUUGUUGUUCUUGUUUAUUCAUGGGCAGCAGAUAAAGCGCUGGCACCUUUCCAAUACAGGAUUUGGCUUUUGUGAUGUCACGCUUUACGACUGUAUCACUUAGUGGUGGAAAUCCUUUCCUUAACCAAGGAUUACCUGUAUAGCUCACUGCCUUGAUCUCUGUUUUAAACACAUCAUGGACAGUGACAUAGUCGAGUGGUAUGGCGGCCUAGAUGUGGAGCUCCCGCCUCACAAUCAGGAGGCUGUGAGUUCGAUCCUAGGUAGAGGCAGAUAUUUCUCUCUGGGCAAAAUGAGAAUUUAUCUGCUGAAAAAUAUUCCGCAUUGGUGAUAGGAAGGGCAUCCAGCCAGUAAACACUCUGCUCCAUUCAGUUACCCAGACAACACCCCACAAGGGAUUAUGGGGUCAUAAAAAGGAGAUGACGCCCACUCCCGGUUUAGUGAAGGGAGAAAAAGUCCCAAUACGUCACGUGACACCGCCGUGACAACAGAAGUUUGACACCCCUGCAUUAGAGGAACUUUGAUAAUCUCAUCAAGAGGAGACAAAUGGCUGGUUUAAAAUUUUAUUGACAUUUUGUGUUCUUAUGAUUAGGCUCACGAUCCAAACGGAUCUUGACAGACUUGAACACUGGUCUCAGUUCAGUAAAAUGCAAUUCAGUGGUGAGAAAAGUAAGGUUUUACACUUAGGAAGAAAAGCCAAACGCACAGGUUUGGUAUCUGGCUCAACAACUGCAAACUCUCAUCUGCAAAUUUGAGGAGUUUAUUUUCUUUUCCUUGUCCAGCCCCCCUUGAAGUGUGUUGACUCUUAUCUGGCACCAAUUCGCAUUGACCAUUAGUUCAGAUUCUUGUGUGUAGGUAACAUAAAAUAAACCUGUGAUACUUUUGAACUCCUGACUUCUGGCACCCAAUGGUUCAUGGUGGUUUGAAGCUAUUUAUACAAAUACUGCCCAUUGUUGGUUCUGGUUGAGACUGUAGAAAGGGCACCAAUUUUUGUUCUGUGGCCAUUAUCAUCAAUUUUGUCAAUUUUUUUCAUUAGAGAAAACAAAAUGAGAUGGUAAUUAGAAGGAGCCUUGAUAGGUUAAUAAAAAAAAGGCUAAAAAGAGCAGUGCUUUUGGUAAGAGAGAGAAAUUAACUUUUUUUGCCUUAUGGUACUUGAGUUUGGUAUUUACUUUUAGUAUUUGUCUCCCUUUCUGUUUUAACAAACUGUAGCAUUGUUUGGUUUGGUGGCAGCAAUGUCUCAGAUAGAAAAUCCAUAGGGAGAGUGGUAAGGACAGCCGAGAAGAUUAUAGGAAGCUUGCUUCCUGUCAUUCAGGAUACUGCUUCUAAGCGCUAUGUGCUUAGAGCUCAAAGCAUUGUUAGAGACCCCGCACACCCACUCCACAGUCUGUUUCCAUUGCUCCCCUCUAGGAGGAGGUUUCAAAGUAUUUCUAACAGGACUACCAGAUUCUGUAACAGCUUUGUUCCCUAUGCCAUCCGUCUGGUAAACUUGCAAGAUUCAUUUUUUCUCGCCAUAUACAUCCAAACCAGACUUGAGUUGUUUCUCUGAGUCAUAUAUGAGGGUAUAUGCAUAAUUUUGUAUUUAUUUGUUUGUUUUGACAUGUUUAUGUAACGUAUAUUGGAGGUGGUGACCCUUUGACAGCUGUAUGCAGUGAAAUUUCACGUUAAUGUAUGCUGAUUAGUGUACA